AUGGAAGAGACGGUAGCAUUCGACACUAGGAUGCAUCGUCGCACAAAAUCGUCCAUACACCGCAACGCGUCGUCACGCGCCGUCACGCGGCACUCGCCUUGCACAAAAUAUGCCGAACCCUGGUAUUCCAUGCUCCGCAUCCCCGUUCAACAUCCCUGCUAUUCACACGAGAUGCGAGAUGGGGGAUGGAGCUUAAUCUUACCCACCGACCGGUGCGCUGCGCCGCCACAGCGAAUGUCUCCGGAGCGGCCCCGACUCGCCAGUUUGCCUUACAAGAUUCUACGGGACCACAUCACCAACGAUCAAGGCAGGUAUCUUCUUUCUGAUGGCCGUAAGGAUACCGAUUUGGUCAUUCCGGUCUUGCCUCCAGCUUGCUCCUGGAAAACGAAGACCCAAUAUUGGCUUCUAGAAACGUUGCAUCAAGCCAACAACCCAAGAAUAUUACAGGUCACCGGUUCUUCCAAAUGCGUCAACGAUGUCCAGUCAGCGCUAUCGAUUGGCCUAUCCAGGACACGAUCCUACCAUGAUAGCUCCCUUGAGCCUGUCCAAUGGUGGUUCCAUACACAGUCCACGAGAUGCAUUGCUGCGAGCCUGCGACAGGAUAAUCACACUACUACGCUCGCUCUAUCCGUAUAUGCGCCGUUACAGCCAGCCCGCGGUGCUCGUACACUCCUGAUGGACGGCACUUACCUCUCACCAACCAGCUACAAAGAUGACGGACAACCGAUGUCGCAUCGCAUCUUGAGGCGCGCGUCAAAAUCUGGUUCGGCAUGUCAAUUAAUCUCCAUCUGCCAGUACAUGGGAAGUCCGGACUCAGUAACAGGCUUGUUGCACCCGCAUAUUGAAAUCACAUUCAGAAAUCCAUCCGAGCAGACGUCUCAUCGUUGUGAACUCUCGGCCAAGUACCUGUUCAAUGUCUCGGUCAAGGUUCCCCAUUACCGCCAGCAGCCCAGCGCAUCUCGUCUCUUAAUCAGACAAUCAUUGAUCAUUCACUGA